AUGCCAUGGCCCGCGAAGCCUCCUAUGACCCUCAAGGAGGCCAAGCGGGCAUACAAGCGAGAUGGCGCGACCCUCCGAUACACCGCGUCACAAAUGGCCCGCGCCGACAGGAUCGAUGCCCGGGAAGAGAAGCGCAAGAAAGAACUAGAAAAAGAAAGACAAAGAGUUGAGAACAAGCGUAAGCGGGAGGAGAAAGCGGACAGAGAACGAAGAGUAAGGCAGAAGAUGCUGGAGGAGGGCAGGAUUGGCAUUGAGGAUACUUGGGGCAAGGUUACCGCAAGCCAACCUAGGUUGAACACGUUCUUCGGGCAAAAGGCCGUCGCCGCGUCAGUGAAGGGCGACCAAGGGGAUCUCAUCAGCGCGCAACAUGAGUCUGCUGUGACAGAGGAUAUCGUCGCCGAUGACAAGUCACACGGGCAUCAGGAUGCUGUGCAGGAGGAAAUACCAACAAUCGUGUCAGAAGCUGUUCACCCUCCUCGUCCUAGGACGACAGACCCGACACUGACUUCUGCACACAAAAGCCAACCCGGCCAAGCAAGAACGUCUUCUUCGGGCCGCGAUCGACCCCCAGUACUAAGAGUGCUCAGUUCUUCACUAGCCAACGCCCGCUCAUCAGCACCGGCAGGGACUGCCCACAAACCACAGUGCGAAACAUUAUCGAGUUGUGCCGAGCUUACACAAAGUAGCCUACCUGUUUCGUUAGGUCCCGCAGUAUCACCCAGAGCUAUAGGAAAGUCUUUCUGUGAUCCGCCACGAUCAGUGGGGAGUAAUGCUCUUUCAGCGGGCUCUUCGGGCUCUCCGACGGUACUACUUCCUGCGAGAGUAGAAAUCGAUGCAGGCAGGGAAAAGGGCGAGCACAAAGGACAUAGGCUAGGGCAUUUUACACCCGAACGGGAAGGGUUCAGCAAAUCCGCGACGGCAGGAGCGAAGCCUCCACGUUCAACUGUCGACGUGGACGAAAACGAUGAUUUCACGGAUGGUAUCGACGACGAAACAUUUCUCAUGCUAUGUGCGACACAAGAGCCCAUCCUAGUCGCUCCCUCAACGCGCCCGGGUGAGACUCUGACAUCCCCAACCUCCGCCGCCGACACGCGAAUCUGUCCAUCGCCCGAGGAAAGCUCAAGGGCAGAACCUGUAACAAAAAACAGCAGAACCACACAGGCCACAAACGAGUCAACGAAAGAAUUGUCGGAAAGCUUCAACUCGGAAUUUAACGAGAUCGAUGACGAAGACCUCCUCGCUCUCGUUGAAGAAGUCGAGGCCGAGCAAGCUACAACAAAACAAAGACCGACAGAAGCACCAGCGAUAAAGAGCGAGCGAGCGAGGCCAACACCUCUACCGCAGCAGCAACCACUGAGGGCACGCGAAAAGCCGAAGCCACAGUUUGUCGCGCCGCGUGGAAGACGGAUAAUCACGAGGCAAGGGGCCCUCAACCAAGAGGCGAAAGCUCGGACGCCAAAACCGCAGAAUCCUGUAGAGGAAUCAGUGAAGCUGAAGGCAAUUCCGAAUCCCUCGCGAGCAUAUACAAUGCCACGGAACCAAAGGGUCUCAGUAUCCAGUCCAUCUGAUACCCGAGCAACAGAGCCAAAUGGAAGGGCGAGCUGGACGAGUGCCCGAGCGACUGGCACGAAUUCCGGCGCUAUGGGCAGCAAUGGUCAAGCUAGUGUUCUCACUCCGCGAGCGAGAGGUUCGACUGCGAGCUGGGUAGAGACCAAACAUCCCGCACAUAACCAGAGUAUCUCACCUUCACAUCCGCAGCUGUGCCCUCCUGGACCACCUCCCACGCCUGCCCCUUGGCCUAAAGCAGUGAAAAGACAUCGCUAUCCCUGGGACGUCAAACCCGUGGAUGAGUUCCCUGAGUUGGGUCCCUCAACGCAGGCCUUGUCCUUGGAGUUGCUCGCACAAGUGGAAGCCCAAAUCAGGGACGAGGAGCGAAAGCUUUACACACGGUGA